UACAUGGAGCCAUUGAACACUGGUCACUUUAAUAAUGUUUACAUACUGUUUCACCCACUUUAUAUGUAUAUACUGUAUCUAGUCAUGGCUCAUUCUAUAGAACUUUACAUUUUUCUGAAUUAGGUGUGUAUUUGUUUUAUUUAUUGCUAGGUAUUACUGCACAGUUGGAGCUACAAACACAAGCAAUUUGCUGCACCUGCACUAACAUCUGAAAAUCUGUGUAUGCGACCAAUAAAGGUUGAUUUGAUUGAUUUGAUAUGACUGGGGAAGUAGAUAAAGGGCCUCAUUGACAAAAUCCUGAAGUAUCCCUUUAAGUUACAAUAUUACCAUAUUUUGUUUAUGGCUAGUCUACAAUCUUGAAGAGCACAUUAUAUAAUUCCAAAUAAAUACAAAUAGGCCUAACCCAAUCACUGUUGAAAUACUUCAUAGUUAAUUAAUUUAAUGGACAUGGAGGGAAAGAAAAUAUAAUAAUAUUCUAUAGAACAUCGUUUUCACAACAAAUGGGAGCUUUUGAACAUAAGUGGAUCAAAUAUAAUGUUAUUGUUGUGAAAUAUGCAUAGCCAUUUGUCAUAGUCCUUGCCUUUAAGACGUACACGACAAGGUUUUGUUUUAGCGCUCAAAACUCAUCAUUAAAAAUAGUGACGAGGGUGUGAGAGACUGCUGUCGUCCCAUGGCAAUUUGGUCGCUGCCUGCAUGAGCCCCGGAAAUUGAAUUUGCGUCACACCCGCCAUACGAAGCCUUUCAUAUCAAGCAUGCAUUUACUUUAAAGGCUGCUCUGGCAACAUCGCGUCUCUGUCCAAAGCGGGUUAACCAAGUGGAUUUACAAAGAUACAAUUAAAAAUAGUAAAAAAAAAAAAAAAAAAAUGAAUUUUUAUGUUUAAAACAAAUCUUACAUAGCCUAUUAAAUUAUUUGGAUUCCAUAUCUUAAUAGAUAUAUUGCCAGUCAAUUUAUCUUUAUUAUGCGUGUUUCCAUGGUACUCAACUAUUUGUGAUUUCCUCUGGGCAGUUCACGUGUUACAAAUGGGCGGAUUCGAUACAAACGACUGCAACGUUUGUUAGAAAUGUCCAAUUUAGCGUUUGGAUAGAAACCUCACAGGAAGAGGUCUUGAAGACGGAUGUAACCCAAUGACCAAUGUCGCGAGUGGUAACGAACGGUUGCCCAGUCAUUUGUGAUUUGACAAAUGUUUCUCCCAACAUUGUGACAGGCUAGUUGUAUUUUCUUUCCUUGAGACGUGCUUUGGAUUCCUCUUCUACCUUCAACGAUUUGGACCAGUAGCCUAAUUACCGGGCAGAAACCAAGACAUGGGGACUCAGGGCAUAGGACGUAAAAGAAAUCCCAUUAAGGACAGGUCGACGGCCGAGGAUGAUACCCUUAAUCUCAUUGCAAGAGAGGCAGAGGCCAGGCUUGCUCUGAAGAGGGCGGCCAGGGCAGAGGCCAGAGAGAUCCGUAUGAAGGAGCUGGAGAGACAACAGGAGGAGAUCUCAGACGAUGAUGAGCAGAUGUCGGUGGGCAGCCGAGGCAGUGUGAGGGUGGAGGACAGAGAUUUCCUGGAAAAGGGAUCUCAAUCUGCUUCCACCCUAACGGCAGCUACCCUCGCUUCACUCAGCGGGUCUUCCUCCCGGAGAGGAAGUGGCGAAUUGUCGAUGACUGGCGACACAGAGACCUCCAUACUAGAGAUCAAGGAUUCCCUUGUGGAGGUGGAGGAGAAGUACCGCAAGGCCAUGGUGUCCAACGCCCAGCUGGACAAUGAGAAGAACAACCUGAUGUACCAGGUAGAUAGGCUGAAGGACACGCUCAUGGAGCUGGAAGAGCUGCUGUCCGAGUCACGCCGCGAGUACGAUGCAAAGACCAAGGACUUUGAGUGUGAGAAACAUGCCUACGGUGUGCUCCAGUUCCAGUUCAACGUGAUGAAAGAAACGCUAAAACAGAGCGAGGAGUUACUAACGGAGAUCUGUCAGUUGCGUCUCAAGCAGGACAGCUUUGUUAGGGAAAUAUCUGUCCUGCAGGAAACAGUAGAGUGGAAGGAUGAAAAGAUUGAGGCCUUAGAGCAACAAAAGGAGUAUUCGGACGCCGUCAAAAAUGAGCGAGAUGAGCUCAGGGAUGAGCUGGUCCAGCUGAAAGAUAUUCUGAAGAAACAUGGAAUUGUCCUCGGACCUGACCUGACCACCAAUAGGGAAAAGGUGGAGAUGGUAACUGAAAGGUCUGCUAGUAGAGAUCCAGCUUAUCAAUUGGCUCAGGACUCCAAGACGUCACCCACGGAAGGGGGGAACAUCAUGCUCGGCAGAGCUCAGGAUAUGGAAUUGGGAAGUAGAGGAGAUAAGAUGGUGGAUCCAGGAAGGUCCAGGCAGCAAGUGGAAACACAUGAGGCGGUUCAAGAGAACCAUCUGACCUCGCCCACUCCCUGUAGCCUCACUGGUGUUUCUGAAACCGAAACGUCUAUGGUGGCUCGUCCAUGCUCGCCCAAAUUGGGGGUUGAGAUUGAAUGCAGUAAUGUCAACAAAGACUCUGACAAUGGCAUACUGGUAGUAGAGGUCAAGCAUGGACCGGUUUGCGAUUCUGAGGUAAUUGUUCCUGAGGAAGAGCUUACAGAAGAGGGGGAGGGAUACAAACCAGCAGGCAUGGAGGGGACAGUGCAAGGGAGAGUAGAGGCCACAAACAAAUGGGAAAUGGGAAUAAAAGAUUACAAGGCAUAUGAUAUGGAGGCCAAAGUCACCAAGAGUAGUGAUCACACAAAAGAGCCUACCUCAGAAUAUGGUGCAUUAGCUGAACAAGAUAAUAUAGCAUUGAGGAAAGAGGUUGUGAAAAGUAUAGACUCAUGUCCUCACCCUAGGGAAACCAUUGAGGACACCAUACAAAAUGGCACACAGAUUAGCCCAGGGACUGACCAUGAUACUAGUAAGAGCGCAAUAAAAUCAGAAUGUAAGCCUCAACCUAAGCUUCAGAAAACAAAGGCAGAAGCGUUAUCAGAGACAACUGACACUCAGCCACAGGCCCAAGGAGGCAAGAAGAAGAAGAAGAAGAAAGGCAAGAAGGGAGGGAGCCAAGGUGAUGAAAAGCAGGAAGACUAUAAGAAGAGCACAACAGAAAAGGGUGUAGUCUCCAUGAAAAAUAGCACACAGAUUCCCCAAAGAACAAACCUUGAUACUACUAAGAGCCCAGUCGAAUCAAAGGCUAAAGUGUUGCCAGAGGCCACUGAUAUGCAGCCACUGGCCCAAGGAGGCAAAAAGAGGAAGAAAGGCAAGAAGGGAGAGACACUAGGUGAUGAAAACCAGGGAGACGAUAACAAGAGGAGCAAAACAGAAAAGGAUCUGGACUCAGUCUCAACAGAUAAGGAGCCAGUAGUGGAGGAAGUUAUCACAAUCGAGACACAGGAGCUUCUAGAGGAGGGGACCGGUAGUUCACCAAAUCAAGAACUCCAAAGCCCUAAAGAAAAAGCACAAACCAUAGCUGAGGGAGGGAACCUGAAGGAAGAAGAACAACAACUAGCAGAGGGCCGAGUAGAGGUUAAGAGUGAGGAGCCUCCCAUUGGAACCACCAAAGUAUGUCUGACGGACCAAGCCAAGAGUGAGGAAGUUGUCAAAAAGGACCACCAAAAACCUUCCAUGGAAUCAGAGAAAUCAGAAGGCGAGAUAUCAGUAUUAUGCCAUGAGUGCGACAUUGGUAUUGUGGAUCCUGUUAACCAGCAAUGUAUAACCAAUUGUAUAACCAGUGCUGAUAACCCUAAAGAGAAAUUAGAAUCCACAACAAAUACUGGUACCCAAAAAGACAAGUCAGGGUACACAACCAACCCUGAUAACUUUGUAGACUGCCUGAACUCUUCAGCUGACCUGAAAUGUCCAUUGGACUUGAAAGAGUCCACUGCUGAGAAUUCAAACAAUGUCAAAGAAGAAGAUGCAAUCAAGGUCUCGGUUGAUGAGACUCAAACAAUCCAAGACACAAAGGAAGAGGGAAUUAACUUUCAUGGUCGCAUAGUUCUAAGACCGGCGCUCGAGAAGAGCAUGGCACCUGAAGAUCUUAUCGCCGAUGAUGGUGUCAUUACUCAACCAGAGCAUGUUACCGAAAAUGCCAUAAAAUACCUGCAAGUGGCAGGUCAGGAUGAACAAAAUGGGAGCCCAGAUGAGUGUAAAAAUGCACUUGAACAUAAAGACAUUUCCAUAGCAUUGCCAGCAAGUGUAGAUAAAUGCAAAAAUGUAUCAGGAGAGAACUGUUGCACAUCGCUCGACAGCAACUACCCUGCCGCUGAGACCAUAAGACAGCCUGAACAAUUGAUGGAUCUACCUGGUUGUCCAGUCGCUGACAAGCACUUAGAUGACAACAACAAGCCAGUUACACUUGAUGAAGAAAAGGCAUCAAAUGGAGGGAUCUCCACAGAGACCGAGCUGGAUGAUACAGAAACACGACUACAGGACCCUGUAAAAGAAACUCCGGAGACAAUUAACUAUUUUAGGGAACAGGGCUACAAAGAAAGCAAACCAUGCACUAUGGUGGCCGAAGCAGAAGAGCAAGACGAUCCCAUUGAGGCCAAGCUGGAGGGUAACAAGGUACCUGGACCCAGUGAGCAGGGGAAUGAUGAGGGGGACAAUGAUAUUGAUGAGGGUCAAUCGUUUGACUUUAACUACCUAGAUUCGGUGGUUUCUGCAAAUGUGUUUCCAGUAACAUCCCAAGAGGUCAGCCAGGAGGUGAGAAUGAUGGAAGGCAACAAAAUGGAGGUAGAGCCAGGUAGAGAGAAGGCAAUCAAGGAUGACGAAGACUGGGACAAGUCAACAGGAAAACCGCAGGGCACAGUAGAGGGAGUUAGCACAAUAGUGGCAAAGCAGCCACUUGAACGGGGGUCAGAUAGUGCACCAGAAUAGCUCAGAAGCCCUGAAGAAAAAGCACAAACCAGAGUUGCAGGCCAGAAUGCCAAUAAAGAACAACAACUAAUCACUUAUUUGUGUAAUAUACGAACAGAAAGACAUUGCAGAGGGAGUGUGUGUGUCUGAACAACAAUGUGUAGGUGAGAGUGAGAGCCUGCAGAAUGCAACAGAGGUAGUGGCUUUGCCAGUAGAGGAGGGGGAAGAGGAAAAUCCUGUAUGGGUCAAAGAGAACGUAGUCAAAGUACAUAUUCAGCAGGGGGUGACGGAGCAAUCUAGGUCAGGCUCGAAAAAGGGCAGGAAAAGGCAAGGGGAAAGAGGACUGACGAAUUACCUAGUUUUUAGGUCUGCCCUCAAUAGAAACUGCAAAUAUUUAUGAUAGGAAUUGCAGAGUUUAAACUGCUGGAGCCCGAAGCACCUUCAAUUCAAAUGAAUUCCAAAGCAAUCAGAGAGAUGUUUGUGGGUAUUUUAGCUCAUUUCGAUUAACCCUUUACACUCGUACCCGUAUGUAUACAGGUUGAAAAUGGCAGAAUUGGGCACUAAUAAGCACCUAAAUUGGGCUGCGCAGUAACAUGCUAUACAUGACGUCAGAGCUCUGGCUCUGCGCUUCACAACGCUGUAUGGGGUUUAACAAACAGCCGUUCUGAACAUGAACAUGAACUGAACACAAGACGUUUCCCCCAUUCCUCCCAUUAAUUGGGCAACUUUUGUACAUUUUUGGUUGUCCGAGUGAGGGAAAAGCUCUGCAUUUAAGAUUACUAUGUAUUUUGAAAGAUGAGACGUUGAAGUUUAUAAUAACGCUUUGGCAUCAUACAAGCAAGCCAAACACCCAAGUCCAAAUUUGAACUUCAAAUUUCCAAAUCAUAAAAAUCAUGUCAUAUACAGUGUCAACGUUUAUGAUCACUAUGUUUGAUGUACAGUUGCAAGAUGACAUGGCGUUAUACCCUAGGUCGUUCUGGACAGAAUGAGCUUAUGUUUAUUGUGAAGCAAAUUUGCCAGGGCACACGCACCUUAAUUCAGUCAUGACUCCUUUCUACGUGCACCAAAGUUUAUCUGAAUUGCCUUGUGAAAGCCUAACACUGUGAAAUUGUAUUUUAUAACUUAGCUUGUGUGAUGGCGGGGAUGAAGUGUUGUGUUCCAAAUGAAACAACUACAAGUGUACUUACUCUAGUUCCUCAACGGCACAGCUAGGAGAACUCCAAAAAGUACCUUUGUAGUUGAAGACUCGUCUUUGUGUCAUAAAAGUGCAUUGGAAAUUGCUUAGGAACCGUGCACACUUUGGAGAGGUGUAUGGCCACUUCAAAUCUUAUUUGUCACAUACACAUGGUUAACAGAUGUUAAUGCGAGUGUAGCGAAAUGCUUGUGCUUCUAGUUCCGACCAUGCAGUAAUAUCUAACAAGUAAUCUAACAAUUUCGAAACUCCUAGACAAUGGAGACACCAGUUAGUCCUCUCACGCAAACCCUUGUCAUUUUUUUUGUCUUAUGUUGCACCUACCCCACAUUCUCCAGGAAUAGUCUUAUGUUACUGAAUUUGUUAACGAAUGCAGCAAAAAGUACAGUAAAUGUAAAAAGCACAUAAAAUCAGUGUAAUGUUAGGAUUCAGUAUUGUCAGGUGAAGAGUUGUGCACUCACCUUUUGGUCUAAUAAUUGUCCCAUCUCCAAACUGUUCCUUUUCAAUUGCUACCAUGGUUAUGUAUGUGAUUUCUUCUGUAAGAAACGUUUCAAUUUAUCCCUAUCCAUAUAGGCCAAUUCCCACGAGUGUAAAGGGUUACACAAUUUUUUUUUAGGUGAAAUGCUGUGCAGAAUCAUCUAAUUGUCUUGAGAUUUUGUUCUAUAUUAUCUUGAAUAGAUGUUAAUGUGCAUGACAUCCUGUAGAUCAACAUGGGUAAAAUGACGUUGAGUAGACAAUAUUGCAGCGGAUUAUAUAUUUAUUGUUAUUUCUUUAAACUCUGCUUAUGUCCCUGUAUUAUUGUACAAUGCGUUUUCCUAUGUGAAAUGCACCAUUAAUGUUUUCCAGGUGUUUUUUUUUUUGCUUAAGUGCUUUGGGAAGUUGGUCAUAAAAUGGGAUGGGUAAUCUUACCAUGCAGACUUUUCCCCCAAA